GAAGCUACAGGAAAGAGCAACAGAAUACCAGUUUAUACAGAGGAUUUUCCAUAGACUAUUGAGAACGGAUCAGUAAUGUAGACAAUGCUAUUAUUUGUUCUAAUGUGAAUAAUCAUUUUUUUUUGGGGAGAAGCUUGUGUCAUUUCACCUUACGGGUAUGAAUAAUUGUGGGUUUGACUGUAUAUAACUACAUAUGUAUGAACUCAUUUUCACUAAUGCAGGCAUACGAGUACAUUAUGGACACGUUCUCUUUGAAAACAAAGCUUGUGUAACAGAUUGUAGUCACAUUUUUUGGGCUGAACUGGGCGCCUGCUCCAAAAGAACUCACGCUUAGAUAUUCCAUUUCUGACAUGAAUCUUUUCUGUGUGGAUUUCCUGAACGUUCCCGUGAUGAGGCAGCAGUUGCUCCUUCUGCUCUCCUCUCAGCUGUCACACCUGCUCCAGGGCUUGAGGCAGCAACGCCAAGCGUGUAGAAUUCGCCCACGCCUCAGAUUCUGGGGAGCGUUCUGGCAACGUGAUCCUUGGAGACCUCUGCCAGUAGCUCGUCCUGUAGUUCUGCCGCCUGAGGCCCAGAGUUCGGUACCUGUGGCUGAGCUCAGGGCCACUGUCACUGACAGCUCACUACAAAGCCCAGAUCGCUGUCCCAGCCCCGGGGUCAGGAGGUCACUCCCUGGGUCUUCUGUGGAAUGUGCCCUGUGAAAGUGUUGACUGCAAGUCCCAUCCAAAUGCCAACAGUGCUCCAGUAACUAGACGUGACCAAUUUGGACGACUAAAUAUGAGUAAGUAUGUUUCUGUGCUGUUGGAUCAGCCACAGGAUCAGCUGCCUGACCCCAAAUCCCAUCUUGCGGCGUUCAGAUGUUCGGACCUUCAGAUCCUGGGGAGAGUUUGUGGCCUGUGGUCACACCCACAGUCUAAACAGGGUGAGUCCGUGUGGGAAUGUGGAGCAGACUUCCUGGGCGCAUCUGAAAAAACACAGCUUCCUCUUGAUUCAGUAAUAAAUAGCUGCAACCUCUGAACCUGCUUCUCCUUCUACAAAUAAUCAGAGCUGGUGGAUCUGUUCCAGUCGUGUUCGAGCUCAGACAAAGGACCCGUUGGAGCAGCCCUGUCCAUUCUACCAGCAGUCAGCAGAUGCUCUGGUUCCAUUCCAGGUGUUUACAGAUGCAGGUGAUGUAGGCUGCUGUGGCCCAGAGAAGCUGCAGUCAGCCUAAACCUGAUCGUCUCACUUCAAACACUCACUUGAUCUGAACGAUUUCAGGGUAAAACUUUCAUUUGCACGUCUCAAAAGCAAACUACACUAGACAGCUUCUUUCUUUCCAUGUUGUUCGUCUCCCUGCGGUUUUGUUUAUAACUCCUAUAUUUGCUGUCUGUCUGCCUGCGUCUGCCACCAUAAUGACUGCAGGCUGCAUCCACGGCACACGUGCAACACAUUUUCCUCCAGCUUCUCUUGGUGGCAGCCUUUAUUUGGUGCUGGUGUUAGUGGCUUGUUCCUCCCUCAAGCUGGUUUGUCAGCCUGUAAAUCGGCGACGGAGCGGGUGGCGGCUGAUGAAGGCAGCAGACGAGGAACGAGGGAAGACUGCUCAGGACACGUUUAUGGCCCCCGGUGGCUGGAAUGACUCACUUCUAAUGAAACCUCAGCACCUUGAUGGCUGGACUCACCUUAGACUCACCAAGGAUGAGGCUGUGGUCAUGGGAUCAGUGUGGAGAGACGGCUGUGCUCCUUCUGGGCUUCCUGACACUGGCAGUGUCGGUGGGGAACCUGUCCACCAGGGGGCAGCAGGAGGAGGCGGUGGCGUCCAACAGUCUGGAGGAGGAGCUGGAGGUCACCACCUACUGGUGGGGCGAGUGGGCCAAGUGGACGGCCUGCACCCGGACCUGUGGAGGCGGAGUCAUGUUCCAGGAGAGACACUGCCUCAAGCAGAGGAAGAAGGUUGCUGCUUGGAAGGACAACAUGACCUGCACUGGGACUGCUAAGAAGUAUCACCUGUGCAACACCAGGGAGUGUCCUCCCACCGGGAGGAGCUUCAGGGAGGAGCAGUGCUGGUCCUUCAACUCCCACCUGUACAACGGGAGGAGCUACCAGUGGAAGCCUCUGUAUCCGGACGACUACGUCCACAUCUCCAGCAACCCCUGCGACCUCCACUGCACCACCACCGACGGCCACAGGCAGCUGAUGGUGACGGCGCGCGACGGCACUUCCUGCAAGUACAGCAGCUACCGAGGCGUGUGCGUGGACGCUAAGUGUGAGCCGAUCGGGUGCGACGGGGUGCUGUUCUCUUCCAACGCCCUGGAUAAGUGCGGGGUGUGUCAGGGGGACGGCAGCAGCUGCAGCAGAGUCACUGGGAACUUCCGCCGCGGGGCCACGACGCCGGGUUACUCUUUUAUCACUCAAAUCCCUGAAGGAUCAUGGGACAUUCAGGUCAUUGAGAGGAAAAAGUCUGCGGACGUUCUUGCGGUGACCGACCAGGCCGGAAACUUCUUCUUCAACGGCGCCUACAAGGUGGACAGUCCCCAGAACUUCCAUGCAGCCGGCACUGUGUUCAAGUACCGCCGGCCCAUGGACGUGUACGAGACCGGGAUCGAGUACAUUGUUGCCAAAGGCCCCAUCGACCAGGCCAUCAAUAUUCUGGUGUGGAAUCAGAACGGACGCACGCCGUACGUCACCUACGAGUACACGGUCCUCCGGGAGGCGCUGCCUCCCGUCCCACCUCCUCCUGUCUACACCGGCUCCGACUCCGUGGAGGUGGGGGGUCUGCUGGCUCCCAACAGCAGCGUGGACGCCGCUCUGGGCCCCGAGGACGAUGGGCGGAAGGGCCAAGAGACCAACGAGGUGUAUGAGGAGGAGGCAGGCGUUGGCCGUGAGCAGGAUGGAGCCGCUGCCUCCAAAGUCACAGAAGGGAACAGCAGCCACGCAGGCAGCACCGUCCUCCCUGCUCCUGCAGGUGGAGCCGUGGACACAGGACCCGAGAACCCGAACCUCAUCUGGAGGGUCCUGCUGGAAGGACAGGUCAAUGCUGACGAGCUGCUUAUUAACAUCUCAACCAAUCAGCUGCUGACUGAAGGAGACAGUCUGUUCUCCUCGGAGGUGGGACCGGCAGAGGUGGACCUCAGCGACCUGGAACAAGACGCGACCUUUGGCCUCAACGAGACGCUGGAGUUCACGCUGGGCCAAAAGCGCAAUGACAGCGGAGACGCUUUCUACCAGAACAAAACGGUGCCGAGUGGAGGGAGGACGUCCAGUCGCUCCAACAGAACCAGGGGAAACCAGAGGCUGUACCAGAAGAACCUGAAGCUGAGUCCUGCUGACAUGUAUCGCUGGAAGCUGUCGUCUCAGGAGCCGUGCAGCAUGACCUGCUCUAUAGGGGUGUCCAAGUCCUUCGUCACAUGUGUCCGUUACGACGGCGUGGAGGUGCACGAUAUGUACUGUGAUGCUCUGACCCGGCCGGAGCCGGUCCACGACUUCUGUAUAGGAAGAGAGUGUCAGCCCAGGUGGGAGGCCAGCAGCUGGAGCGAGUGCUCCAGGACCUGUGGGGACGGCUUCCAGUUCCGGCAGGUCCGCUGCUGGAAGAUGCUGUCGCCGGGCCUGGACAGCUCGGUCUACAGCGACCUCUGCACCACGGCCGACCUGGAGCGGCCCGCGGAGCGGCGAGCCUGCAAGAGCCCGGCCUGCGGCCCACAGUGGGAGGUGGCCGAGUGGAGCGAGUGUCCUGCUAAGUGUGACCGCAAGGCCCAGGUGAGCCGCGACGUGCGCUGCUCCGAGGAGAGCAGGCCGUGCGACCCGACGACCAAACCGCCCAACGUCAAGAACUGCACCGGGCCGCCCUGCGAGCGCCACUGGACCGUGUCCGAGUGGGGGCCUUGCUCUGGGCUGUGCGGCCAGGGGAAGAUGGUGCGUCACGUGUACUGUAAGGCUCCAGAGGGCCGCGUGGUCCCUGAGAACCAGUGUUCUGCGGAGAACAAGCCGCUGGCCAUCUAUCCGUGUGGCGAGAGGGACUGCGCUCCACACUGGCUGAGUCAGGACUGGGAGAAGUGUAACACAACCUGCGGGCGCGGCGUGAAGCGGAGGACGGUCCAGUGCGUCGGCAUCACUGGAGGAAAGUUCCACAUCUUUGACGACGAGGCGUGUGGAGGCAGCGAGAAGCCCGAGGAGGAGAGCACCUGCUUCGAGAGGCCGUGCUUCAAAUGGUUCACCACACCCUGGUCCGAGUGCACCAAGACGUGCGGCGUGGGCGUGAGGAUGAGGGACGUGAAGUGUUACCAGGGCAGGGAGCUGGUCCGAGGCUGCGACCCCCUCACCAAGCCGGUGGCCAAGCAGACCUGCACGCUGCAGGCCUGCCCCACCGAGCCGCCAGAUGAGAGCUGCCAGGAUCGUCCCUCCACCAACUGCCUCCUGGCGCUGAAGGUGAACCUGUGCAGCCACUGGUACUACAGCAAGGCCUGCUGCCACUCGUGCCGCGCCGUCCGCCCGCCGCCGUCGUAGGGCCGGAGGCCACGGCCGCUCUCCAGCACCACCACCGCCAGAAGCCGCUGGAUGCCUGGAUUCAAUGAUCUCUGGAGUUUCUGGCCUCACGCUAUCGCAGCAGUUUUCUUCCAGUUUCAUUUCCACCCACGUUUCGCUCUCGCACCCGACUCAGGCAGAACACUGGUCUGAGACCAGGCUGGAUGACACAGUGUGGGGCCAAAGCGGCGUCUUGACAGCAGCGCCUGUGAGACGAGCAUGUUUUACUUAAUCACUUGAGCUUAAUGCUCAUCUCGUCUCCCCUUAUUAACAUCUAACAUCUAAUCUGACAUAUGAGCAGCUGAAGCAACCUGGAGCGGACAGUGUUCACGGCCUCAUUGUUGGUGCAUUCAUCGCUAGUUAUUUCCCCCUGACUAUACUGCAUGACUAGAACCUGUAAGUCCUAUUGAAUGGUGUCUGGCAGGAAGCAGCUCGGUGCCGACACCUGUGGGACGUGGAAGCAUAUUCAGUAGUGGUUUCUUCAUUUAUCGUGACGGUCCUGAUGCCAUCGGGUCAAAUGAUGCCAGUUCUGCUGUGUGUGUCGACACAGACAGAAGGAGUCCUGACACUUGAAGUACGGUUUAAAUGUAUCCAAACCGUACAUGUCUCACCUUUAACUCGUGUACUGUGCCUUUAUAUAAGUGAUACCUCUUUGAACAAAACAUACGUAUGGAGACUUUGUUCUGUUGAUGAUAAAGUCAAAACCUGAAGAUUCUGACUUGUAUUUCAAUAAAUUACAGUUCAAAUCAC